CGAGCUCAUCACGGCACGAAUGAGUCCUUGAUCUCGUUGGAGUGCAAGCUGUUCUCGCUUGGGUGGCUCUUCACGCUGCCACCCCAGAAGAAGGAGUUGCACGAGCUCAACAAGUAGGGCGGGAUGGCCACCGCCGCUAGUGUCGUCUUCUUCCCAUCCCUAUCGAUCUCCAUGACGAUCAACACCAUGUCGAUCCAUGUACCCGAGGGUUACCGCAUUGCGAGCAGCAACGUCAAGCCAGGCAAAGGUACAUGCAAGUGCCUCAUGCCGGCCACCAUGAAGGGCGCGCUCCAACCUCAGUGCAUGCGCUCAAUCGGGUACAUUUUCCAAGCGCUUGUCGUGCCUUCGGACCCCACCAACGCGACAAGCAUGCCAUGCCGGCCACGCACCACAGCAUUCUCUGCUACUCCAUCCCCAUGUCGAUCGACUGCGAGGGCUCCUUUGGACCACCUCCUCGCCCACGAGUGCUGCCUGGGUAGCGCUCCGCGAGGACCCCGUGGUCGCGGCCAAUGAUGCUGGUCUGGACGACAUCGCAGGCUCGACUCGGCGAGAACAACUUUUGCACCUAGUCAUGAGGUCUCGACACAGAGUCGAUGCCGUCCUUGGUCGUGUGCAUGCUGUGCGUGGUGCCAUGCCAUGCACAAUGCCUUUUUCAUACACGUCGAGUGCGAUAGUUUCGGUUAUCGUUAUGGCAUGGGACAGCGGCCGGUGGUCGGGUCGAUCUUGCCGUUUCCGCCCGCAAUGCGGUAGCACUUG